GCCACGUCCAAUCAGCUAGCGGCCUUUCAAUCCUAUAAUUUUGGCGGCGGUCGGAAGAUGGCGGAAAAUUUGAAAGCUGAAGUUUGUAGGGUAGCAUGCAUCGCUACUGUAGACCAGCUGGAGGUGAUCUGUCGAGAGCAGGGGGUGAAGUGCGAAGAGCUGGGCAUCAGCAAGCACAACCUGUGUGACUAUGAGGUGGAAUAUCUCUGCGACUACAAAAAGAAAGUCAUCAACGAUGGGAAGACACAAAUAGUACAGGAGUUAUACUUGGUGAAAUGGAAGGGCUACCCCGAAUCCAGCAACACAUGGGAACCACGGAAGAACCUGAAGUGCGUAGAUCUUCUCAACCAGUUCUGGGAGGACCUGAAUGCAGAGAUGCAGAGACAGAAGAAGCGUGCUGCCCCUCGUCGCCUAGACCCUGCCACCGUGUCCCAGCUCAUCCAGCGGGCCAAACUCCGACAGACCCUUAAACGGUGGGAGACACACCUCAACAGCCUGGGCACCCACAAGGGCCACAUCUACGUCCGGAACCAGGUCGACCUGGAAGGCCCAAGGCGCCACCUAUCUUUUUGAUCUGGAUUACGUUGAAAUGAGGUAUCCGUGGGCUGCGAAUGCACAGACUGCCUGGAAAACCCUGUGGAGGGAUGCUGUGCCGGAGCAUCACAGCACAAGUUUGCUUACAAUGAGUUAGGCCAGGUCCGCAUUCGGCCCGGGUUGCCCAUUUACGAAUGCAACAAGCGCUGCCGUUGCGGGAUCGACUGCCCCAACAGAGUGGUGCAGAGGGGAAUUCAGUAUUCCCUCUGCAUUUUUAGGACAGACAAUGGAAGGGGAUGGGGGGUAAAGACCACGGAGCGCAUUCGGAAGAACACUUUCGUUAUGGAGUACGUCGGGGAGAUCAUUACAACAGAAGAAGCCGAACGCAGAGGUCACAUAUAUGAUAAAGAAGGCGCCACCUAUCUUUUUGAUCUGGAUUACGUUGAUGACGAGUACACCGUGGAUGCUGCUCACUAUGGAAACAUCUCUCACUUUGUCAAUCACAGUUGUGACCCCAACCUCCAGGUAUAUAAUGUGUUCAUUGAUAACCUGGAUGAGCGGCUGCCACGGAUAGCGUUCUUUGCCACACGUGGGAUAAAGGCAGGAGAGGAACUCACAUUUGACUACAACAUGAAAAUUGAUCCAGUAGAUGCAGAGAGCACGAAGAUGGAUUCUAAUUUCAGUCUGACAGGACUCCCAGGCUCUCCUAAAAAGCGCAUGCGCGUAGAGUGCAAAUGCGGGGUACCGACAUGUCGAAAGUACCUCUUUUAGAGGAAGUCCAUGCUAAAUAGGGACUGAAAGAAGAUCAUGUGUUCCAGUGAAUGUUGAAAGCAUCUGCAGUUUAGAAACUGUUUUGGGAUGUGUUUUGAAAUACUUCAUUGAAUUUUAAAUAUAUAUUUAAGAAUUUUUUUUAUUUCCCCAAGAUCAACCUCAACUUUUUCCGUAGAAUUGUUGUCUUCCGUGUUUAAAUAGUGUAUAAAAUGUAGCAAUACUUUUUCAAUUUGUCCGUUAGAAAAGUUUGUAAAG